AUGGCGAAGGAGGAAGAUGAGGAGAAGAAAGCCAAGAAGGGGAAGAAGGGGAAGAAGGCCCCGGAGCCAGAGAAGCCCAAGCGGAGCCUGAAGGGGACAUCUCGGCUAUUCAUGGGCUUUCGUGACCGGACACCCAAGAUCUCCAAAAAGGGCCAGUUCCGGAGUGCAUCAGCUUUUUUCUGGGGCCUCCAUACUGGCCCCCAGAAGACCAAACGCAAAAAGAAGGCCCGCACUGUGCUCAAGUCCACAUCAAAGCUCAUGACUCAGAUGCGUGUGGGCAAGAAAAAGCGGGCCAUGAAGGGCAAGAAGCCAUCCUUCAUGGUGAUCCGCUUCCCAGGCCGCCGAGGCUAUGGGCGCCUCCGGCCACGUGCCCAGUCGCUAAGCAAGGCGUCCACAGCUAUCAACUGGCUUACCAAGAAGUUCCUCCUCAAAAAGGCUGAGGAGUCAGGCAGUGAGCAGGCCACUCUGGACGCCUGGCUCCAGCGCUCAGGCUCCCGAGUGGGCUCCCGCAAGCUGCCCUUCCCGUCUGGCGCCGAGAUCCUGCGGCAUGAAGGCCCUCUGCGGAGGUUCCCCCGCAGCCGCAGUAUCUAUUCCUCGGGAGAUCCCGUGGGCUUCCUGCCCUUUGAGGACGAGGCCCCAUUCCGGCACUCGGGCUCCCGAAAGUCACUCUACGGGCUUGAGGGCUUCCAAGACCUGGGCGAGUACUACGACUACCACCGAGAGGGCGACGACUACUACGACCAGCAGUCACUCUACCACUACGAGGAGCAGGAGCCAUACCUGGCAGACUAUGGCACCUACAGGCCAGCCUGGCCACCCCACGGCGGCCACUACUAUGGGUACCCGCCAGAGGACCCCUACAACUAUUACCACCCUGACUACUACGGGGGCUCCUUCUACCCCGGGUACACCUACGGCUACGGCUAUGAUGACUAUGAGCCGCCAUACGCGCCCCCCUCAGGGUACUCGUCUCCUUACAGCUACUAUGACCCCUACGAGGGCGAGGUAUACCCCUACAGCUACCCCCUGAACCCCUACAUGCCCUAUGACACGCCGUACCCGUCGUAUGACCUCCCGUACGACAUGCCCUACGACGUAUCCUACUUGGAUCCCUACAGAGUUCCCUACCCUGUCCCAUACGCUGAAGGCAUUUAUGGCAGUGGGGAUGAGGCCAUUUACCCUCCCGAUGUACCCUAUCUCUACCCGGAGGAGUCAGCCUUCGGGUACCCCUGGGUGCCGCCACCUAUCCCAUCACCCCACAACCCAUAUGCCCACCCCAUGGAUGACAUCGUGGAGCUGGAGGAGCUAGAGGAGCCAGAGGAGGUCGGUGGGGAGCGUCAGAGCACAUCCUUCCGCCUGCCCAGCUCCGCCUUCUUUGAGCAGCAAGGCAUGGACAAGCCUGCUAGGUCCAAGCUGUCCCUCAUCCGCAAGUUCCGCCUCUUCCCACGGCCCCAGGUGAAGCUAUUCGGGAAAGAGAAGUUGGAGGUGCCCCUUCCACCGUCGCUGGACAUCCCACUGCCCUUGGGGGAUGCAGAUGAGGAGGAGGAAGAGGAGGACGUGCCUCCAGUGCCCUAUGGCCACCCUUUCUGGGGCUUCCUUACGCCGCGCCAGCGCAACCUCCAGCGCGCCCUGUCUGCCUUCCGUGCCCACCGGGGCCUAGGCUUCAGCCCCGGGUUUGGCCGCCCCCAUCCUCGUCCAGCCACCUCGCUGGCACGGUUCCUCAAAAAGACGCUGUCAGAAAAGCAGCCCAUCCCCCGGCUCAGGGGCAGCCAGAAGUCCCGCAGGGGCGGCCCCUUGGUCAGGGAGGCAGCAUACAAACGCUUCGGCUACAAGUUGGCUGGCAUGGACCCCGACCGGCCCAACACGCCUAUCGUGCUGAGGAGGGUCCAGGCGCGGGCUCGCAACAAUAACAACUCUCACCGCCCAGCUCCGCGCCCGCGCCCGCGCGCGCCCUCGCCCGGGGCCCGCGCUCGCGCCCUCACCCACUGGAGUGCGCUGGUCUCCCCGCCCGCGCCCGCGCCCCCGCGCGCACCCAGCCCCGGCCCUCCGCCCACCCCGCCCUUCUCCCCGGUCCUCUCGGGCCUGCCCCGACCCCCCUCGCCCUACGGCUCCCUCCGCCGCCACCCACCGCCCUGGGCCGCCCCAGUUCACGUGCCCCCUGUGCCCCAGGCGAGCUGGUGGGCCUUCGUGGAGCCCCCUCCCGUGAUCCCAGAGAUGCCCCCCGACCUCCUGACCUUUUCCGGACCCCGGCCCUCCUUCAGGGUCUCCCGUCCUCCAGGGGCCGCCCUCGGCUUCCCUGGGGCCUCCCCGCAGGCGUCGCAGAGAAGGGCCUGGUCUCCCCGGCCCUCUCCGCAGCCCUCGCUGAGAAGCCUGCCAGGCCCGGGCUACCGCUCACCCGUGGGGCCCCCGUCCCCUCGGAUGUCCAUCCGAGGCUGCCCCUUCCAGCCACCCUUCCCGCCCCCGCCCUGUCGGCCCCGUUCACUGCGAGAACCCCCGGGUCCCCACCGAGCCUCUGGGCGCCUGGGCCCGCCAGGCCCUACCCGGCCUCCCUCACCGCCCUCUCUGCUAGGCCACAGCCUGCGGCGCCGCUCCCUCAACCUGCCCUCGCACCUCCCUCACACUUGGCGGCGACUCAGCGAGCCUCCCACCAGGGCUGUGAAGCCACGGGUGCGCCCGCCCUUCCACCAGCCCGGCACCGGGUCCUGGCGGGCAGCGGCUCCCCCUGUGGAGCCCCGGGAAAGCCCGAGAGAACCUCAGGACUCAGAAACGCCCUGGACAGUGCCCCAGCUGACCCCCAGCUGGGAAGUGGAUGCACCUCCCACCCAGCGCCCACCCUCCCCCUGGCCAGGGGGUGCAGGCAGCCGCCGAGGCUUUUCCAGGCCACCCCCUGUGCUGGAAAACCCCUUCCUCCAGCAUGUCGGCCCUGUGCCACCUCCCCAGCCUGAAGAUCCACCUGUAGGCUCCACCAGUGUCUUUCUGGGCAGACACCACGACCCUGGGCCUGGACAGCUCACCAAAUCAGCUGGCCCUAGCCCUAAGAAGCCUGAAGAAGAGGCCAUCCCCAGGGACUCUCAGUUACCAGCAGAGCCAGAGUCUCCUAUCCAGACACCCUCCAGGGAUGUCCUUCCAGAGCAGAAGGCUUUAAGACUCAGCCUCUCAUACCCACUCGCUGCAUGUGACCAGACAAGAGCCACGUGGCCACCAUGGCGCCGCUGGGGGACACUGCCCAGAGCCCCAGCCCCCUUGGCACCCAAACGUGCCCUAGGGCCCCUGCCCAAGGAGGGUGAGCACCAGGCAGGCCCUGGGCGUUUUGCUGUGGUCAUGCCUCAGGUGCAGAAGCUGAGCUCCUUUCAGCAAGUUGGGCCUUCCACCCUGCAACCCCUUGCCCCUCCAACCCAGGAGCCUGAGCCCAGUUCUGAGCCGCAAGCCUGGAGUUUACGCUGUUCCCGCCUCUGGCUGCUGGUGAAUGCCCACCGACCAUGGCCAAGAGUACAUACCCACUCCCAGUCCUGCCGCCUGGGCCCCAGAGCUUCCUGCUUGUCCCUCAAGGGCCCCUGGGAAGAGACUGGCCCCAAAAGCUGGCAGAACAAGAUGCACUCCAUCCGCAACCUGCCAGCCGUGCGGUUCCGCGAGCAGUGCAGGGAGGAUGGUGUGGAGGACAUGACACAGCUGGAAGACCUCCAGGAGACUACUGUGCUGUCCAACCUCAAGACCAGAUUUGAACGGAAUCUCAUCUACACGUACAUCGGCAGCAUCCUGGUGUCGGUGAACCCAUACCGUAUGUUCGGAAUCUAUGGGCUGCAGCAGGUGCAGCAGUACAGCGGGCGAGCCCUGGGAGAGAACCCACCGCACCUCUUUGCGAUUGCAAAUCUUGCCUUCACCAAAAUGCUUGAUGCCAAACAGAACCAGUGCAUAAUCAUCAGUGGAGAGAGCGGCUCCGGCAAAACUGAGGCCACAAAGCUGAUUCUGCGCUACCUGGCUGCUAUGAACCAGAAGCGGGAGGUCGUGCAGCAGGUGAGUAUCCUGGAGGCGACACCUCUCUUGGAGUCCUUCGGCAAUGCCAAAACCGUCAGGAAUGACAACUCCAGCCGCUUCGGGAAGUUCAUGGAGAUCUUUCUGGAAGGGGGCGUGAUCUCUGGUGCCAUAACCUCCCAGUACCUGCUCGAGAAAUCCAGAAUUGUGUUUCAGGCCAAAAACGAGAGGAAUUACCACAUCUUCUACGAGUUACUGGCCGGGCUACCUGCCCAGCUCCGACAGGCCUUCAGACUGCAGGAGGCAGAGACAUACUACUACCUGAACCAGGGUGGAAACUGUGAGAUCACAGGGAAGAGUGAUGUGGACGACUUCCGCCGGCUCCUGGCCGCCAUGGAGGUGCUGGGCUUCAGCAGCCAGGACCAGGACAGCAUCUUUCGAAUCCUGGCGUCCAUCCUGCACCUAGGCAACGUCUACUUUGAGAAGUAUGAGACGGACGCACAGGAGGUGGCCUCCGUGGUGAGUGCCCGGGAGAUUCAGGCUGUGGCGGAGCUGCUGCAGAUUUCCCCUGAGGGCCUGCAGAAGGCCAUCACUUUCAAAGUGACUGAGACAAUGCGAGAGAAGAUCUUCACACCCCUGACCGUGGAGAGUGCCGUGGAUGCCAGGGAUGCCAUCGCCAAGGUCUUGUAUGCACUGCUAUUUGGCUGGCUUAUUGCCAGGGUCAACUCACUAGUGUCCCCACAGCAGGACACGCUGUCCAUCGCCAUCCUGGAUAUCUAUGGCUUCGAGGAUCUGAGCUUCAACAGCUUUGAGCAGCUGUGUAUCAACUACGCCAACGAGAACCUUCAGUACCUUUUCAACAAGAUCGUCUUCCAGGAGGAACAGGAGGAGUAUAUCCGUGAGCAGAUCAACUGGCAGGAGAUCACAUUUGCAGACAAUCAGCCUUGCAUCAACCUCAUCUCGUUAAAGCCCUAUGGCAUCCUGCGUAUCCUCGAUGACCAGUGCUGCUUUCCCCAAGCCACAGACCACACAUUCCUGCAGAAGUGCCACUACCACCACGGCACCAACCCACUCUACUCCAAACCCAAGAUGCCGCUGCCAGAGUUCACCAUCAAGCACUAUGCAGGCAAGGUCACCUAUCAGGUGCACAAAUUCCUGGACAAGAACCAUGACCAAGUGCGCCAGGACGUGCUGGACCUGUUUGUGCGCAGCCGGACGCGGGUGGUGGCACACCUCUUCUCCAGCUGUGCCCCUCAAGCUGCCCCUCAGCGCCUCGGCAAGAGCAGCUCUGUCACCCGGCUCCACAAGGCACACACAGUGGCCGCCAAGUUCCAGCAGUCACUCCUGGAUCUGGUGGAAAAGAUGGAGAGGUGUAACCCCUUGUUCGUGCGUUGCUUGAAGCCCAACCACAAGAAGGAGCCAGGUCUGUUUGAGCCAGAUGUGGUGAUGGCACAGUUACGCUAUUCAGGGGUGCUAGAGACUGUGAGGAUUCGCAAGGAAGGCUUCCCCGUGCGACUGCCCUUCCAGGCGUUCAUUGACAGGUACCGCUGUCUAGUGGCCCUCAAGCAUGACCUGCCAGCUAAUGGGGACAUGUGUGUGUCAGUGCUGAGUCGCCUGUGCACAGUUACGCCAAAUAUGUACCGUGUUGGGGUCAGCAAGCUGUUCCUUAAGGAACAUCUCCACCAGCUGCUGGAGAGCAUGCGAGAGCACGUCCUGAACCUAGCAGCCCUCACGCUGCAACGCUGCCUCCGAGGUUUCUUCAUCCAAAGGCGUUUCCGCUCUCUACGCCACAAGAUUAUCCUGCUGCAGAGCAGGGCCCGGGGCUACCUUGCCAGGCAGCGCUAUCAACAGAUGAGGAGGAGUCUGGUAAAGUUCCGGUCCCUGGUACACACGUAUGUGAGCCGCCGACGCUAUUUCAAGCAGAGGGGCCAGAUGGAGGAGGCAUGGCUGCAGGAGCCGGGGGAGCUGAGCAAGCGAGAGGUGGUAGCCGUGGGGCACCUAGAGAUGCCAGCUGAGCUGGCUGGGCUCCUGCAAGCAGUGGCAGGCCUCAGGCUGAAUUGGGUACCCAAGGUAGCCCCUGUGCGGACUCCCCGGCUCAAGGUUGAACCCCGUGUCACACUGCCCCUGGACAUCAACAACUUCCCCAUGGCCAAGUUUGUCCGGUGCCACUUCAAGGAACCUGCCUUUGGGAUGCUGACAGUUCCCCUGAGGGCGCCCCUCACACAGCUGCCAGCUGAGCACCAUGCAGAAGCCGUGAGCAUCUUUAAGCUGAUCCUGCGUUUCAUGGGCGAUCCCCACCUGCAUGGUGCCCGAGAGAAUGUCUUUGGGAACUACAUUGUGCAAAAGGGGCUGGCAGUGCCAGAACUGCGGGACGAGAUCCUGGCCCAGCUGGCCAACCAGGUGUGGCAUAAUCACAACGCCCACAACGCUGAGCGCGGCUGGCUGUUGCUGGCCGCCUGCCUCAGUGGCUUUGCACCUUCCUCACGCUUCAGCAAGUACCUCCUCAAGUUUGUGUCUGAUUAUGGGCAGAAUGGCUUCCAGGCUGUGUGUCAGCAUCGCCUCAUGCAGGCCAUGGGCCGGGCCCAACAGCAGGGCUCAGGGGCUGCCCGCACCUUCCCCCUGACCCAGCUCGAGUGGAUAGCAACCCAUGCGAAGGCGAGCAUGGUGCUGGACGUGGGCUGCUUCAGUGGUGACCAGUUCUCCUGCCCAGUGCACUCCUGGAGCACAGGGGAAGAGGUGGCUGGAGACAUUCUGAGGCACAGGGGGCUGGCAGAUGGCUGGCGGGGCUGGACAGUGGCCAUGAAGAAUGGGGUCCAGUGGGCAGAGCUUGCCGGCCAUGACUAUGUGCUGGACCUGGUGUCGGACUUGGAGCUGCUCAGGGACUUUCCUCGACAGAAGUCUUACUUCAUCGUGGGUGCAGAGGGACCUGUGACUGGCAGGGGAGGCCCCAGAGUGGUAUUUGGGAAUGGCUGGGACUCGGAUGAAGACAUGCCCACUAGGCCCCAGCCCCAGGGGCACAUACCCAAAAUACCUGACUCUGAUGGGUACUGCAGCCACAGUGAGGAUGGAACUGAUGGGGAGACUGAGGCCCAGAGAGGGACAGCAACUCACCAAGACUCUGAUAGCCUUGGCCAGCCUGCCGUGCCCCCCAAGGGCCUGGACUGCUACCUGGACAGCCUCUUCAGCCCUGUGCUAUCCUACGGGGAUGCGGACCUGGAGAAGCCAACAGCCAUUGCCUACCGCAUGAAAGGGGGAGGCCAGCCUGGUGGAGGAGGCAACAGCAGUGCUGAAGACACUUCCAGGAGACCCCCAGAGCCAAAGCCAAAGCCAAUCCCAGGCCUGGAUGCCUCCACAUUGGCCCUGCAGCAAGCCUUCAUCCACAAACAAGCCGUGCUACUGGCCCGGGAAAUGACCCUGCAAGCCAUGGCCCUCCAGCAGCAGCCCCUGAGUUCUGCCCCGAGAUCCUUGCCCCCAGAGAAGCCCUUAGUGCCAGAGGCACGGCCAAAGUCUGUAGGCACCGGUCCUCCUGCCAAGCCUGUGCUUCUGCGUGCUAGUACGAAGCCCUUUACAUCAGCCCCGCUGGCCAAGGCCCCCAGGCCCUCCACCAAGCCUGUGGCUGCUCCUGUUCUAGCUCAGGACUGGGCUUCCGCAGAAACCACUUCACCGUCCCCAGAGCUGGUCCGGUACUCGACACUCAACUCAGAGCACUUCCCACAGCCUACACAGCAGAUCAAGAACAUUGUCAGGCAGUACCAGCAGCCGUUGUCCUGGGGAGACCGGCCCGAGGCUCGCAGGAAGAUGUUCCUGAAGCGACCAGACCCCCACGAGGAGGCCCUGAUGAUCCUGAAGGCACAGAUGGCUCACUUGGCAGCAGUGCCUGGCACACAGGUGUCCAGAGAGGCUGUGGCCCUGGUGAAGCCAGUAACCAGUGCAGCCAGGCUAUCCACAGAGCCCAUUUCAGCACCUUCAAGGUCGCUGGAGCCCCCAGAGAAACCUGUACAGACACGGCUGCACCGCCUUGACAACCCCAACUUCUACGGCUACCAGGAUGCCCCUUGGCACAUCUUCCUGCGAAAAGAGGUAUUUUACCCCAAGGACAGCUAUAGCCACCCUGUGCAGCUAGACCUCCUGUUCCGGCAGAUCCUGCAUGACACCUUCUCCGAGGCCUGCCUGCGCAUCUCUGAGGAGGAGAGGCUCAGGAUGAAGGCCCUGUUUGCCCAGAACCAGCUGGACACCGAGCGACCUCUGGUAACUGAGAGCGUGAAGCGGGCAGUGGUCAGCACUGCACGAGACAACUGGGAGUUCUAUUUUUCCCGCCUCUUCCCUGCCACGGGCAGUGUGGGCACUGGCGUGCAGCUCCUAGCUGUAGCCCACACAGGCAUCAAGCUCCUGCGGAUGGUUAAGGAUGGCCAGCAGGCCUAUGGGCAGCUGCGGGUCCUGCGUGCAUACAGCUUUGCAGAUAUUCUGUUUGUGACCAUGCCCUCCCAGAACAUGCUGGAGUUCAACUUGGUCAAUGAGAAGGUCAUCCUUUUCUCAGCCCGAGCUUACCAGGUCAAGACCCUGGUGGAUGACUUCAUCCUAGAGCUGAAGAAGGACUCCGACUAUGUGGUCGCUGUGAGGAACUUCUUGCCUGAGGACCCGGCGCUGCUGGCCUUCCACAAGGGGGACAUCAUCCACCUACAGCCCAUGGAGCCCCCUCGAGUGGGCUACAGUGCCGGCUGCGUGGUCCGCAAGAAGGUUGUGUGCCUGGAGGAGCUGCGGCCUGGAGGUCCUGACUUCGGCUGGAGGUUUGGGACCAUCCAUGGGCGUGUGGGCCACUUCCCUUCUGAGCUGGUGCAGCCUGCUGCUGCUCCAGACUUCCUCCAGCUGCCAGCUGAGCCAGGCCCUGGCCAGGCUGCUGCUGUAGCUGCUGCUGUGGCCUCUACAGCUGCUGCACGGGAGGUGGGCCGUAGAAGAGAGGGUCCCCCAGUAGGAGCCUGCUCUGAGGACGCUCCAGCAUUCCCCCCAUACACAAUGCUGGAGUUUGCCCAGAAGUAUUUCCGAGACCCUCAGAGGAGACCCCAGGAUGGCCUCAGGCUGAAAUCCAAAGAGGGUCGAGAAUCCAGAACCUUGGAGGACAUGCUUUGUUUCACUAAGAUCCCACUCCAGGAAUCCCUCAUCGAGCUCAGCGACUGCAGCCUCAACAAGAUGGCCACAGACAUGUUCCUAGCUGUGAUGAGGUUCAUGGGGGAUGCCCCACAGAAAGGCCAAAGUGAACUGGACGUGCUUUGCACCCUCCUGAAGCUGUGUGAGGACCACGAGGUCAUGCGUGAUGAGUGUUACUGCCAAAUUGUGAAGCAGAUCACAGACAACACCAGCUCUAAGCAGGACAGCUGCCAGCGAGGCUGGAGGCUGCUGUACAUUGUGACUGCCUACCACAGCUGCUCUGAGGUCCUCCAUCCACACCUCACUCGCUUUCUCCAGGAUGUGAGCCGGACCCCAGGCCUAUCCUUCCAUGGGAUUGCUAAAGCCUGUGAGCAGAACUUGCAGAAAACCUUGUGCUUCGGGGGCCGUCUGGAGCUCCCUAGCAGCAUGGAGCUUCGGGCCAUGUUGGCGGGCCGCAGUUCUAAGAGGCAGCUUUUUCUUCUUCCUGGAGGCCUUGAACGCCAUCUCAAAAUCAAAACAUGCAGUGUGGCCCUGGAUGUGGUGCAGGAGAUCUGUGCUGAGAUGGCUCUGACUCAGCCCGAGGCCUUUGAUGAGUAUGUUAUCUUCGUUGUCACCAACCGAGGCCAGCAUGUGUGCCCGCUUAGCCGCCGUGCCUACAUCCUUGAUGUGGCCUCAGAGAUGGAGCAGGUGGAUGGUGGCUACAUGCUCUGGUUCCGGCGUGUGCUCUGGGAUCAGCCACUCAAGUUUGAGAAUGAGCUGUAUGUUACCAUGCACUACAACCAGGUCCUUCCUGACUACCUGAAGGGCUUCUUCAGCAGUGUGCCGGCCAGCCGGCCCAGCGAGCAGCAGCUACAGCAGGUGUCCAAGCUGGCUGCACUGCAGCACCGCGCCAAGGAUCACUUCUACCUGCCCAGUGUGAGGGAGGUCCAGGAGUACAUCCCAGCCCAGCUGUACCACACGACAGCUGGCUCAACUUGGCUCAACCUGGUCAGUGGGCACCGGCAGCAGACACAAGCACUCAGCCCCCACCAGGCCCGGGCCCAGUUUCUGGGCCUUCUCAGUGCCUUCCCUAUGUUCGGCUCCUCCUUCUUCUUCAUCCAAAGCUGCAGCAACAUCGCUGUACCAGCCCCCUGCAUCCUUGCUGUCAACCACAACGGGCUCAACUUCCUCAGCACCGAGACCCAUGAGCUGAUGGUGAAGUUCCCCCUGAAGGAAAUCCAGUCAACGCGGACCCAACGGCCCACAGCCAACUCUAGCUACCCCUAUGUGGAGAUUGCACUGGGGGACAUGGCAACCCAGCGUACCAUGCAGCUGCAGCUGGAACAGGGUCUAGAGCUGUGCCGAGUGGUGGCUGUGCAUGUGGAGAACCUGCUCAGUGCCCGUGAGAAGCGGCUCACACUGCCCCCCAGUGAGAUCACCCUGCUGUAA